UUUUAUUUAAAUACUAAAUAAACACCAAAUAAAUCUUAAUUUAAUUUGAUUUUAAAGGUUUGAGUUCCUUUUUCAAUAUUUUGUUAUUUUACUUAUAUUAUAUUUUAAACCACAAAAGACAUAGUAAUAAAUAAAUGCAACUGAAAAUAUUAUUUUAAAAAAAAAACAUGUUUUCGAUGCUCAGAAAUUUUAUCUCGCGUCAUAAGCGAAAAUUUGUAAUAACUGCUCUGAUAUUUAGUGUUGGUGUAACUAGUUUGCAUUAUGCACGAAGAAAGUUGAUUGAGUUUCAGGAAAAACAAGCUAAAGAAUUUAUCGAAAAAAACAGGCGUAUCCAACAUUUCGAAUCAACAGAACGAACAUGUAAUCAAGCUGUUUAUAAUUUGUAUCCGAAUGUAGUGGAAGUCAUUGCAAAAUUGUAUGAUACCAAUAACAUUUUGCAAGAAUUAAGGGAAAAAACACUAGAAUUGUCAACUAAUCAGAAAAUCGAAUUGUGGGAUCAACUACUUAUAAAAUCAUUCACAAGAUUGGUUACUCUUAUUUAUUCAUCGACGAUCUUGGUUAUUCAUUUAAGGAUUCAAUUGAAUAUUUUGGCUGGCUUUAUCUUUAAGGAAAUUGAUAAAAGUGAAAAGACUAUUUCACAAGAAAUACAAAAUCGAUACUUGUCGCUAAUUCAACAUUUUAUAAAAGAUGGGAUAAGAGAGUUGGCUUUGAUAAUCAGAAAUAAUACAGAAGGGAUUCUCAAAAAAUAUAAUUUCAAACAAAAACUUGACUUGUCUGAACUAGAGCAGUUAUUUUGGAGUAUUCAAAUGGCCGUAAAUCAAGCUUUAGAUAAUAGUAAUAACAACAGUCUAGUUAAAAUACUAUUACCAUCAGAAUGUGAUGUAGCUGAUAGCGUAUUAAUCAAAAAUCUUUUGACCGAAACAAUAGAUAUGCUAGAAACUGAUGAAAUCUUCAAUAUACUAACAAAUCAUCUUGGACUUGGGUUUUCUACUGCUACUGAUGAAAUUGCAAAAUUUUUUUCGACGACAACUUCUAAUAACAAAGAUGUUACUGAAUCUUCAAACAAAGAAUUUGUAAACGUAACUCAAGUCAAAAUUCCACUUGCAAAACUAGUACCAAUUAUUGAUGGGUUAGCUCCAAAAACUCUUGUUGACAGUCCUUUUUCAAUUAAUUUAAUAAACAUGCUCAUAAACUCCGACAAAAUUAAAAUGCUUGGCGCAAAUACUUACGAAGUAUUUUGUAACUAGCGCAAAAAUAUAUGGUGUAUAUGAUAUUCAAAUGUAUUUUUUUAAAAUUAUGGUUAAGGGGUUUGGUUUAUCAUUCCAUUUAUCAGAUUAUGUAAAAAAAAACAAAGUUAGGCGACUAGAUUAUAUUUAUUUCAAUUUUUGUCCCAUCGUGAUAUGAUGGGUAAGGUGAAUAAUAAAUGUUUUUAAUAUUUA